ACUCUAUCCUUGCUCCCAUUGGAAACCCUAAAGCCUCGGAUUCUCGCUCCUUCGUCGCUCUCUCCAUUCUCUGAAGUUCGACAAUGGCGGCGGCGAGCGAGCAUACUGUCUUGCAGUUCACGCCUCCCUCCACAGUUCCGGCUACGGGGACAGCGUCGACGUCUGUACUUUCUGCGAGGGUUCACCCGCUUGUGAUCUUUAACAUUUGCGAUUGCUACGUGAGACGUCCUGACCAAGCCGAGCGCGUCAUCGGCACUCUCCUCGGUUCUGUUCUUCCCGAUGGAACCGUCGAUAUCCGCAAUUCAUACGCCGUACCUCACAACGAAUCUUCAGAUCAGGUUGCUUUGGAUAUCGAUUACCACCACAACAUGUUAGCUUCACACGUAAAAGUGAACCCCAAGGAAGUUAUUGUUGGCUGGUAUUCCACUGGUUUCGGGGUCACUGGUGGUAGUGCAUUGAUCCAUGAUUUCUAUUCUAGAGAGGUUCCCAACCCGAUUCACCUCACCGUGGACACAGGGUUCACAAAUGGGGAAGGCACCAUUAAGGCUUAUGUUUCCGUAAAUCUUUCAAUUGGUGACCAGCCACUUGCUGCACAAUUCCAGGAGAUUCCUCUUGAUCUCCGUAUGGUUGAGGCCGAGAAAUUCGGAUUUGAUAUUCUCAAGUCCACAGCUGUAGACAAACUCCCAAGUGAUUUGGAAGGAAUGGAGCUUACAAUGGAAAGGCUACUAGCUCUGAUCAAUGACGUCUACAACUAUGUUGACAACGUUGUGGAAGGACGAACAUCCCCAGAUAACAACAUAGGACGGUCUAUUGCUGAUGCAGUAUCCUCCCUUCCGAAAUUGCCUCCACAUGCCUUCGAUAAGCUUGCGAAUGACAGCCUCCAGGACCAGUUGCUGUUGUUGUAUCUAUCAAGCAUAAUCAGGACACAACUCAGCCUAGCCGAGAAGCUCAACACCGCUGCCCAAAUGCUGUAAACUCUUUUUUCUUUUUGACCCACCAAUAUUUUCAAGUUGAAUGCAAUCUUUGUUAGCGUUUUGUAAAAUUUUGUUCUGGGUUUUGGACCUUUUCGGAAUCCAGGAUCUGAUCUUUAGGGCAUUCACAAAUUUUUCCCUCGUGUUU